GUUGUGUGCUACUAGUUCUAAUAAAGGAGUAUUAAAGCUUCACAAAGUAGUAGAAAGAAAAAAAGCCAUAACAUAAAGCCAUUUUGAUUGUGCUUCUUUGUGCCAACAAAUAGUUCUAUCACCAAACCAUUUCCUUAGUAACAAAGGAACAUCUUUUUCUCCUCAUUACAACUUAAUAAAACAUCCUUUUCAUUCUCUCAUUUCUCACUUCUAAAUUCCUCAAACACCACUUCACCAUGGCAAAUCAAGCUUCAUUACGCUUCUUGUUCUUCUCUUUUCUCACUCUCUUUGCAGCAAACAAUGCAUUAUCAACACAAUUUCUUCAAAAAAGCAAGAUCUCAAAAUCUCAGAUUCAGUUUUUUGCAACUAGGAGAACUCUACAAUACACAAAUCCAGCAUCAACUUCACCAGCAAUCAUCACUGUUCCUUCAACGAAUCCAGGUGCUACAAAUCUUGUCCCUUCCACCACACCACCAGUUUCAUUAGCACCACCAACAAAUCCAGCAAACUCACCAGUUCCUGUCACAAAUCCCGUUACAGCUCCUAUAACAGUUCCAGGAACUGGCACUGGAACUGGAACUGUUCCUGUGAGUUCUUAUCCACCACCUUCACCGUUAUCUGGAACUGUUCCUGGUACAAAUCCUCAGAUUCAGCCUCCUCCUUCAACCAUGAAUCCUCCUCCAUCUUCAUCUUCAUCUUCUCAAGGAGGUGGUAGUGGUGGUGGUAGCUGGUGUGUGGCUAAACCUGGAGUUUCACAGACUACACUUCAAACUGCAUUGGAUUAUGCUUGUGGAACUAAUGGUGCUGAUUGUACACAAAUACAACAAGGCGGAAUCUGUUAUAAUCCUAAUUCACUUCAAAACCAUGCUUCUUUUGCUUUCAAUAGCUACUACGUGAAGAAUCCUGCUCCUACUAGCUGUGACUUUGGAGGGGUUGCUACCAUUGUUACUACCAAUCCUAGUUCUGGUACUUGUGUCUUUCCAUCAUCUUCAGGAGGAGGAACAGGCUCAUCCGGCUCUGGUUCUAACUCACCUUCAAUAGGUUUUGGUGGGCCUUCAGCCUCUCCGGAUACCUCUCAUUCAACUGGUCUGAGGCCUUUCCUAAGCUGCAUGAUUCUGAUGACACUACUGGCCAGCGGAAGACUCGGCAUGAGUCCAUAGAUUAACUUCAAUACAAUUCUACAUUUUGGAGUUUGUUUGUAUACAACUCUACAUGCAGGUGUAGAGAAGUAGAAAGAUAGUAGAGUAGAAGAGAGAGUUUGUGAUGAUGAUGAUUAUAGCUGAACAAGUUCCUCGAUCCGUUUAACUUUUGCGUAAGAGAAAGAACUUCAGCUGCAGAAAUAACUAAGGAUCUCUUGGCUAUAAUCAGGUUCAGGAACUGUAGUAUUUUAGGACUUAAUGUAGAUCAGUGUGUGUAUUGUUUGUUGUGGAAAUUCAUUUGCAUAUAGAAUAUGUUAUUCAAGAAAAUAAGUCAUGUGGUACUAACUAGUAGAUGUUCAAGAGAAGACUUUCCUAUAUCAUGAGAAAGAGACUAUUAUGAGCUUGUCAAGAUUUAGAUUAUUACUGAAGUUUCACUGUUCUUAUUAUGAGCUUGUUAAGAUUUAGUACAUUCAGAAACAGUUUAUCUAAAUGAGUAACAAUGUGUUAUGCUGUGUUUUUA